AUGCAGGCCUUCAAAGCCUGCGCUCCUCGGGCGCUGCGAUCUGCGACUCCCACUACCUCAAGAAGCUAUGCGACAGUCUCUUCUAGUUCACCAUAUAGCCAGACGCGGAAUAACCUGAGAAUCAACUCCGACACCAAAGUCCUCUUUCAAGGCUUCACGGGAAAACAGGGGACCUUUCAUGCCCAGCAGGCAAUUGAGUAUGGAACAAAGGUUGUGGAGGCCGGUACAUUGCAUCUUGAUCUGCCCGUCUUCAAGAAUGUUGCCGAGGGAGUCAAGGAAACCGGAGCUACCGCAAGCGUCAUAUUUGUACCACCUCCAGUCGCAGCAUCUGGUAUAAUGGAAGCCAUUGAAGCUGAAGUACCGCUGGUCGUCUGCAUUACUGAAGGAAUCCCUCAACAUGACAUGCUCAAGGUUACCGACGCGCUAAAGACCCAAAGCAAAACACGCCUGGUUGGCCCCAACUGCCCUGGAAUCAUCGCACCCGGACAAUGUAAGAUCGGUAUCAUGCCUGGGUUCAUCCACAAACGAGGAAGAGUUGGAAUCGUCUCAAGAUCAGGAACAUUGACAUACGAAGCGGUCAAUCAAACAACCCAAGCGGGGCUCGGACAAUCUUUGGUGGUCGGUAUCGGUGGUGAUCCAUUCAGCGGCACCAACUUUAUCGACUGCCUGAAGGUUUUCAUGGAAGACGACGAGACUGAGGGUAUUAUCAUGAUUGGUGAAAUUGGAGGCAGCGCCGAAGAAGAUGCGGCAGAAUUCCUGAAGAGCGAGAACAAGAAGAACAAGCCCGCAGUCAGCUUUAUUGCCGGUAUCAGUGCCCCUCCUGGGCGCCGCAUGGGACAUGCCGGUGCUAUUGUCAGUGGAGGGAAAGGUGGUGCCGAGUCGAAGAUCUCGGCCUUGGAAGCUGCUGGCGUCGUCGUGGAGCGCAGCCCAGCGAUGUUGGGCAAGUCGCUGCAUGCACAGUUCGUCAACCGGGACCUGGUUUGA